AUGCCGCCACCAAACAAGAAGCGGCGUAUAACACCUCUACCCAAAUCUAAAGGCCCCCAACCAGAAGAAAUCACUUUCAACCUAGAUGCACGACAAGAUUAUUUAACAGGUUUCCACAGACGCAAAGUACAGCGCACAAAAGCAGCGCAGGAAGCAGCAGAGCGUCGCGCAAAGGAUGAGAAACGCCAGCAUCGUCAGAAGCUACGUGAGGAGCGGAAGCGGGAGUUGGAGGAGCGAGUCAGGAUGGUGGAUGCAACAUUCAAGCCUCCAAUCAAGGAAGUGUCGGAGGGAGGAAGCGACGAGAGUGAGAACGACAGUGAGGAUGGCGAUGAUGUGGUAGUGACAGAGGCCGUGCUGGAGAAGGUCGAUCAUGAGGCAGAGUACGUUGACGAGGACAAGUACACGAGUGUUGUGGUGGAGGAAGUGGCUGUGGAUCGAGACGGCUUUGUUCAUGGAGACGAUGCCGUAUCGGACGAUGAAGUCGAAGCUCAAACUGUAGUUGAGCAGUCCAAAGCGAUCAAGAAGACUGGAGAUGCAGGCUCCAAAGGCAAGCGGAAGUGGACUAUUGAGAAGCCGAAAGACGCAGCAGCCAAGGCGAAGAAGAAACGCAAGAAGUUUCGAUAUGAAAGUAAAGCUGAGCGGAAGAUCGAAAGGGGAAAGCAGCGGGCAAAGAACAGCAAGCAAGCCAAGGCUCGUCGAGAAAAAUAG